CUGUACUACCUGGGAUUGGUGCCAACUGCUGACAAAAGCCUCCACAGCAUGCUUGGGAAGAACAUUUUAACUCCCUGUUUUGUUUUGUAUUUUCUCUUCCAUGAAGCAUCCAAAAUCUCUAAUCACAGCGUAUGUUCUUAUUGAAUUCAUGGGUCUUGGCAAAAAAAGCAUGAGAAUAAUCCUAACAAGGGGACACAAAUGUGUUCUCCAGCCCGCGUGUUGCUACCUCCAUGGCCUGUUCGCCUUCGGCUUGCAAGAGAUCCUCGCACUCCCUUUACAAGCGAGUCCAGACACCAGUUGGAACUUCACUUCACAACCUGAUCCACUACUGACACUCUCCACUACUGACAAGACACCCAGCCGUGUUCCAGGAGAAAGCCACACAUCCUCUGCCGAGAUGUUAACUACCUGUACCGAUAUGGUGAACUGCCAGCCUUGUUUCUGCAAAUGUAAUGCUGUCCUUGGGGCUGAGGUAGUAGAUUGAAUAGUUGUGGGGUUUUUGUACUCCCUCUGAGAUAACUAUACAAUCUACUGUCUUUCCUAAGGAGACAGUCAAGUCAUCUACCAUUGAGGAAGUACCAACCGAUGAAGCUGUGAAACAUGUCGACCAUAAGUUUUACUGCAUACAAACUUUAGGUUGUAAACUCAGUCUGUUUGGAUUUUUUUACUUUUGAUUUUUUAAAUCAAAAACACUGUACUGUAUACUUUUUACAUUUCUGUUUCAAAUACAUUUUUGCUAGGAUUUAUACACAAAUUGUUCAAGAACAAUAUUCAUAAUUCUUUUUUAAAAAGUGACUCCUAUUUCAUGUCCAAGAGUCAGGCCUUUCAAGGUUUAAGAAGGAGGUAUUCCGUGUCUCUGCGAGGUGAGGUAGUAGGUUGUAUAGUUUGGUGGGAGGAAUUACAUCCUAUUCAGGUGAUAACUAUACAGUCUAUUGCCUUCCUCGACGGUCAUGCAUGCAGCAAGAGAGAUGUUUCCACUUUUGAGGAAAAACGCAGAAACACAAAGAUGCAUUUGGAAGAUACACUUAUUAAAAUGUAUAUUAUUCCCUGAAUUAUGUGGUCCAUUACUUUAUACACAAUUGCAUUUGAUGUUGUUUUGUACAGUAUGUUGUUUCCCAGAAGAUCUGUAAUUUUAUUUGAAGUGUACUAUAUAACCUUGUGAACAAAUAGCAGUAUUAGUAAUACAAUUGCUAUUAUAUGUACUGCAAUUGCAAUUGGUAUUACUAUUUAGAACCAACAAUCAUAUCAUAAUAUUGUUACAGCUUUGGGGGACUAGGAAGUGUCUCUAAGAGUUUAGAUAAAGUGUUAAACACCUGGCAGUGUAAACAUUACCAGCUUCAAUGCGGAGGGGGUGUUUUCCUGAUACGUAGGGGAGCUUCUGAUCAAAAACAUUGGAAAGUUUACCUUAGCUUACUUAGUUAAUUAAGUUGUGGAUAAAUUAUUGACAAUGAGCAGUCCAGAAACACGCCAUAUAAGAUCAUAUCAACACAACAGAAGGAAGAGAAACAGAGAAUAGAGAAAAAGAGGAGAAAGAAGGUCAGACCACCAGAAAGAGGAGUCAGGAGGAGUUGGAAACUUGAAGGGUGUGCCAGCCUAUAUCCCCUACUUCAUGAUCAUCUAAACAAAACCUGAUUUGCUUGUUAUUCUGUAUUUGUAGGGAACGUGGGUUUCCUGGGUAAAAAGAUACCUCGUUAGAGAAGUCUUUCCUGUUUGUGGGUGCAUCUUUAAAGAUUAACUCCCAUUCAUUUUUUGUCAUCUGGGUUUGCAGAGAGAGAAAUAUAACUUCUGGUUGUGUUACAUUUAAUUAGAAAGCAGCUUAUCUCUUAUUUGGCCUCUGCAGGCAUUAUUUAAGAGUUCAAUAUUUAGUAGCAGUCUGUAGUUUUCUCAGUGAUUGUGAUGUUAGGCCUCUGAAACACCUUGUUUUUAUAUACUGUAAAUAUUGCACCAUUUUCAUAACCCCCCAUUUGUAACAAUAUCUUUAUUAUCAAUGUUUCUGUAUAACUGGCCGAUAUUUGUGUUCAGGUAAAAUAUACAAUGUGUUUUCUGUGAACAAAAACAAAUAAAGUUUGAUUAUUUGAUAAAGUC